GGCUAUUUAAAUGCGAUCGCAUCAGCGCGGACGCGCGUCUAAUACGUCGACGGAAAUCGACGCGGGUUUUUCUGUUAAGAUGCCGCUAGCACGAGGUCACGUUCCGACUCGAAAGACCAAUUUCCGCUGACUUCUAUUUACAUAGUUAGGUAUACGGGUUGGAUAAUACGGCCCUGUCGAGUUGGUCGUUCGGUCGAGGGAUAGCGAGAGAGGGCUAGCUGUCCACUGGUAGAAGGAUAGCUUGGCAGGAAGCGGGUCGAGGAGGGUAUUACCGUAAUACCCACAGUGUUUCCAGGACGGUGGGUAGGCGUAACUAAAUUUCCAUAUCUCGGCGAUUGUAAUGCGCAUUUAGCGGUGAACGACGACGACGACGGCGACGACGACGACGACGACGACGACGAUAGAUCGAAUUAGCGUUUCACCCCGGUUCCUUUUUCCCAUGUUUACGCUUAUACUUUCUAAUUUCGUAAACCGACUUCCUUUCCCUUCCAACGGGCUUCUCGCAUCGUGGAAGGAGCUUCUCGACUAUAUACCCGGCGACAAGGUUUUAUCGGCGUCGGAAGCACGACGAUCCUCCGUGAUUUCGUAUCCUUCCGCCUUUGAUCGAUCAACGGACCACAUCGGGCCGAAAGGUCAAGCUCACAACGAGAGAAUUGCGCCUCGGCUAUAAAUCCACGCGGCUGUUCGAACCUGUAUUUACAUGCGCGAGUAGCGACGUUUGAUUGGCCGUGACGUCGUCGCUUGAAAGUGGCUUGCCAGCCCCUUGAUUGGAUUCUAUCCUGGACACAAUGAACUGUACAUCGUACGAUCCAACGUAAUCGAACCAGGACGUCGGCACUGUGAGAGGUUGCCAAGGGGAAGAACGAGAAAGGGAUACCAGCGGGAUUAUUACGGAGCAUUGUACAAAACCGUGCGAAGAUUCGCCUAACUCUUGAUUGAUUCUCUGUCUCUCUUACUCGCGAGUCAGCUUGCAACGGCGUCUCGAUUAAUUUGCGGCAAUGGCACCACGGUGUACACUGGUGAAACGGAGGAAAGUAAAAAAUAACGUCAGCCGAGGAUUCGAACUAGGCUGAUAGACAACAUAGAAGCGAGGAAAAUCAAAGGAACGAUCGUAUAUUGGUCACGUUCCGAGGCUGGUGUAGUGUCACGUGACGGAGGGAAUCUGGAGAACCGUGCUCGGCACAAGGUACUCGUGGAAACUGGCUCGAGAUUCGAACUCUGUUAGACGGCGUUCUAGCCGAAAUCACGAUGACGAUGGACGUGAGCAAGUCGGAGCCGAGUAAAAAUGGCGCGACGCAGCACGAGUGCGCUGGAUGUGGGAAAGCGAUCACGGAAAGGUAUCUCCUCAAGGCCAUGGACCUGUUCUGGCACGAGGACUGUCUGAAGUGCGGGUGCUGCGACUGUAGGUUAGGAGAGGUCGGUUCUAGUCUGUUCACCAGGGCCAACCUUAUCCUCUGUAAGAGGGACUACCUCAGGCUGUUCGGGAAUCCGGGACACUGCGCGGCCUGCAACAAACAGAUACCGCCGUUCGAGAUGGUUAUGAAGGCGAGGUCGAACGUCUAUCACCUGGACUGUUUCGCUUGUCAACAGUGUACUCAUCGGUUUUGCGUGGGCGAUCGAUUCUAUCUGUGCGAGAACAAAAUCCUGUGCGAGUUCGACUAUGAGGAGAGGCUCGCGUUCGCCAAUAUGUCAGUACAAACACCCGCCACGCUGGCGUACAUCAAAAGGCAACUGCCUCCAGCGCCGACACCGCCUGGCCAGAACAUGCAUCCUGGUCACAAUCCACUGCAACCUCAUCAGGCACUUGGCCAGUCGGUGGGUCAACAUAAUCACGUGUCGAACGGACAGAUGUCAGGGAGCACGCCGAUGGUGAACGGAACGGCCAUUGGCGUCGGUGGACCCAGAGCUCCUGGAGACAUGAACAACAACGGGCUAUCGGGUCCAGCCCUCGGACCGGUGAAGCCACCGCCGAUGUCUAUGCAGGCUCCGACCAGCUGAAACGAGGUGUCACCCCCUCUGAAGAAGCUCAGAUGUCUCAGCGGUUAUUGAGGCUAUUGACGCUGACCGACGAGAUGAACAGGAGGUACGGAGAGGGAGUACGGGCGAGGAUUAAAACGUCGUGACGAAAGUGAACGCGAGGAACCAGAGUGAUAGACAGACAGGACGCAUAACAUGUGGAUCGGUGAGAGAAAGAAAGCAGGUCGAAACGGGGGGUGGGAAAAGACGAGUCGUUCGCGACGAGAACGGAACGAAGAUGGAAAAGAGAAACGAGAUGGUCUCCGCGACGGGUCUCGAGGAUACCCGCGGAGGAUCGAACGUUUUUGGGGGAAAUAGUCGUUUAGAGGUUGGGAAUAAUCACUGUGAUCGCGAAUUGUAUGAAUAAAUUUAUGGAAAGAGAUACGAUAGGAGCCGCAUAGGACGUGGUCAUCUCGCGAAGGCGAAGAGAUACACGUUUAAUACACGUCUUGUAAUAUACGGUACAACAUGUAACAUGAUAAAAAUAGGCGAUUUAUGUAAGAUACGUUUCUAGCGAGGAGAAGAGCGAUUAGAAGCGUGCGAGUAAGCGUGGAAGGACGACCGAGUGAGAGGGUGAGCGAAUGGGGCAGAGUUACCUGUAAAUAUCUGUAUCUGUCGACUCUGCGAAACCGAAAGACUAUCAGUAUACGCAGACCAAUCGAACGAAUUUCCAUAGUACUCGCGAUUCGUCGACAUUCGACGUUUGACGGCCGAUCGAGAAGACGAGUGUCGGAUAGGCGGAGGAAGAGAAUCGUCGUAAGAUUGUUCGUAAAUUACUGUUUGCUGUUUUUCAAUUUUAUCGUCGACUCGAGACGGAGGUCUGUGAUUCGCCUGGACAAAGGCGAACGAACGUUCGAUUAAAUACCAAAGGUAAAAUCGAGAGACGUUGUUCUGUUCGAGGGGAAUCUCGGCGACGCGAAUGUGACGAAUCUCUAGACGUUCCCAAAAUGUCGGUAUACGAGGCGCAAGCAAAGGCGUACACGAUGGCUAAUACCAAAGAUUAACGAUGUAAGUUUCGAUGCCCCUCGGGAGAGCAAGUCGACGUCUCGGAUUUCGAAUAUUCCUUUCUCGGUGAUAAUGGCGGUGACGGUUUACUCGAGCAGCCUGUGGUUACUUGCCGAGUUUCGCGGAGAAUGCAUCUUUAACGCGGUCUGCGAUCGGAAACUUGCGAAACGAGGGGCUUAGUCGCGGCUUUACGCUUUAACGCCAAAAGACGAGCGAAAACGGUCCAGACGAAAGGAGAAGGAACAACGAGGAAAAGAAAGGAAAAGAUCGGGAAUAAGAUCAGACGGCGGCAUCGAUACCAAAAGACGAUUGAGAAAAUCCGAUAAACGUUGCGUGCGCUGAUAAACGAUCCGUUUUCAAUCACCGACGAAGCAAACCACAUUUAAAGGAGCCAGAAUCGCGAUCGUGGUACUCGUAGAGAAUUUGCCUGACCGUACGCUUAUACGACGACAAAAUUCAUCACCCUCUCCUCCUUGAUCUCGACGGAGUUGUUGACGUUGUCGUUCGAUCAGACUGUCUUCACGAGCCACGUGGGACGACUCGAAUGUCGUGCUGAUUCUACAGGAUACUGCAUUUCGAAACCACCGAAUCGAUUAAGUACAAAAGAUGUUACGCGAAGAGGAUGUCCUACGAAGCGGGCGUGAGGUAGCAACCUGUGACGAAGAGAAAGAGGGAGAGAAAGAACGAAACCUACACGAGUGAUUCGCGCUCCGAGUACGCGCGACAGAGCCGAACACAUUUUCCUCUCGUUUUUUUUUUUUUAUCCAUCUGUAUAUAAAUAUCAUUUAUUAGCGCACUACUAAUAUAUUUACCGCCUCUAUAGAGGCUCCUAUUACUACCGAGAAAAUAUAACAUUCUUAUAAAUACAAGCAAAUCGUGAGUUUCAA